UUCCAUGUUUGUAUCUUCAAAUUGAGAGCGGAGUUGAACUCCAUGUUGAAACAAAGUUACCAACUCCCUUUUAAAUGUAUAUAACUUUUAUUUGUAGAUUUUAUACCGCUCUGGUACGUCAUUGAAUAUUCGCGAAAUGUAAUCGUUUGGAUGCGUAAUGUAUUUAAAUACUGUUUGCGGUUAUGUAUCUUUGUGCACAUUUAUAAUUUAAUGUUCCUAGUCAGCGAACAAUCUAAAACGGAACAAAGUUUUUAGUUUCUAUUGUGGAUAAAGUCUGGUGCAAUGGACCACCAGUCCUCAAUAAUCACGCAAAUUAGUCGAGAUGAAGGGAAUAGAGAGAAGGGUCCCCCACCCUCGUCGUCUAAGAAGCCCAGGAGUCGAGGCCUGUUCCACAGCCUCUUCUGCUGCCUAUGUCAUGACCAGGCUGAGCCCCCGCCGGUCAACAACAAUGCCCCGCUACUGGUGGAGGAGAACGGGACUGUCUCCAAGGUCCAAGUCAGACCGCUGCUUCCUCAGGCCAAGUCAAAAGAUGCAGGGAAGAUCUGUGUUGUCAUAGACCUGGAUGAAACUCUGGUCCACAGCUCAUUCAAGCCAGUGAACAAUGCUGAUUUUAUAAUUCCCGUAGAGAUCGAUGGAACUGUUCAUCAGGUAUAUGUGUUGAAGCGACCUCACGUGGAUGAGUUCCUUAAGAGGAUGGGAGAGCUGUUUGAAUGUAUUCUGUUCACAGCUAGCCUGGCUAAGUAUGCUGACCCAGUGUCAGACCUGCUGGAUAAGUGGGGUGCGUUCCGCGGCCGUCUGUUCCGUGAGUCGUGUGUGUUCCACCGGGGGAACUAUGUAAAGGACCUGAGUCGUCUGGGCAGGGACCUGAACAAGGUCAUCAUCAUAGACAACUCCCCAGCCUCCUACGUCUUCCACCCAGACAACGCUGUGCCUGUGGCGUCGUGGUUCGAUGACAUGGCCGACACCGAGCUCCUGGAUCUAAUCCCCUUCUUCGAAGGGCUCAGUAAAGUGGAGGAUGUCUACACGGUGCUCAGGCAACAGAGGGAUUCCAGCUAGCAGUGCUGUCAGUCACCCUACCCCUCUACUACCGCCAUCUACAGGACAGACCAAGAACCGCAGCCUUAAAGCGUCUUCACACCAACUGUACACCCCUCAGCCUACCGUCCACCAUAUCAACCACAAGACUUUCACCGCCAAGCCCACCCCUCUUCUUCAACCCUUCAGAACCACGCUAGUACUGCCCUCUAUUGGGGGAAACAGAGGACUUGACCCUCCAGAACAAGAUCUACCAUCCCUCAACCACAGAUGGGCUUGUGUAGAUGGAUGUUGUGGGUUAUAAUGAGUUAGGUUUUUAUACAGUGCCUUUCAUCAAAUGUCAUUGGAGCAUACAGGACAGUCAAGUAGAGGGAAUCUACAGCAUUCUUCACAAUGAAGAAAAAACAUGCAGCAGGAAGGUAAUGGGAGAGAACCCCCAGGAUCCAAUCAGAAUCAGUUCUCCAACGCCGGGUUGGAGUCAAUAGGUUUCCGGGAAGAACACUAGAACUCUGUAUGGAAAAGCAAAUGACAGCUGUAUGAAUGGAUAUUUACUACUUUUAACACUUUAAUGUGUUUUUUUUUUUUUUUGUCACUUAUUCCCCAAGAGACAAUUUAACAUUUUUAACAAGCAAAGUAUUGGCUUUGUGUAAGUCAAAUGGUUUUACUUAUUUCAUCACUCAGCUAGUAUCAUAAUGACUAGCAGAAUGGGCAUCAGUACUUGUUAAGGGGGAUGGAAUCAUAGAGAAUGACAUUUAUCAGUUACUGCAGCUAUCAAAAUGUUCCAUGUCCCUUAACCAUAUUUGUUUCAUUUGUUUUUAUUAAAACCAUAGGAAUAUGUGCGAUAAUGUGCCAGAUAACAUCCAUUACCCUGUAUAAAUGUUUUCAUAACAAAUACAGUAAUCAGAUGACUGAAAUGCACCUUAAAUGACAAUAUAAUCUUUUAGGAUUUUUUUGGGAUUACAUUGUCUGUGGACUAUGGACCUCAACCCAGACAGACUAAAUGCUCCAGUUCAGACACAUGGACACAGUACCAGUCAAUGGCCUGGAAAACCCUUGGUAUUCUGCAAGAGGACCUGGAUAUGUGUUGGAAAAACAUAUUUACAUUCUGUCCAGGCAAACUGUUGGUCAACGCUACAUUCAUGGAGGAGGGCUGGGCGACUAUAUUGUGAAUACCGGUAUGGAUCCACAUACCGCUAUAUAUUUUACAAUAACAGAAUUUUGAUACAGUGCUAAAUUAAAUGAAAAGUUCUACAAAUUGGACUAGUUCACUGUCAGUUUUGUCCUGGUUUGGUUGAGUAUAAAACCAUCAGAAUGGAGAAAGACCAUUUUAAAAUCACAAAGAAUUGAUUUGUUGCCAUUCUAGGUCAUGCACUAAUCAUGAAACACAUUUAGACAAAAAAAAUAUAUUUUGUCUGCAACGCCCAGCCUUACCAUGGAGGAAAGGUGUUGGGACUGUGUGUUAUCCAUCUGGUUUUGACAAGCACACUUCUCCCUCCUUUACUGGAAACAGUACUUGAAUACUUUCCCUUUUUCAUGACCUCUUUUUAAAGGACUGCAAAUACUAUGCUUCUUUAGACCAGAUUGUAGGAUUUGGGUAGUUUGGUUUUUAAACUUAAGCUUCUGACACAAGGUAGGACUUUAUUAAUUGGUACUUACCUGGGUUUGGAACAAUAAAAUAAUUGUUAUUUGUAAGUAAAAACUAAGAUGGUCUAUCAGGAAGUGAACAGGAAGAGUAGUUUUAAUGUAUUGAGUGAUUUGUAUUGAUUGAUACUGUUUUAUGAAUGCAUGGGGAAAAGCCACUGUGUUGGAGUUGACUAAAGGCCUACUAAAAUACCUUGUGAAAUAAGAUGAUUCAGAGUUUAAAUAACCAGUAGAUCCAUGAUAAAUCUAUCAGUAUUAAGAAAUAAUAAA